AGCAGCGGCGAAAGAAGGCGCAGAAAGGCGAGCGUGAAGAGGUCGAGCGGCGCAGAAUGAUGCGGCUCCGGAGUCCCGCGUUGUUGAGGGAUCUGCUGCGGCUCAGCCAGACUGGCGGGACGACCUUUAGCGGCGCCGGCUUGGGCUGUUGCCGUCGCCUGGCGCUGAGGUGGCUCCAUCCCGCUUUGCCCCCUGUUGCCGGCUGCCGCCCGCCGGGAUGGUUAAUGGCAGGCGGCGGCGGCCGCUCCUUAUGUACCCGCUCAGAGGGAAACCUGGAGGAGCCGGGCAAGGGUCCCCCACAGCAGCAAAAGAAGCAGCAGCAGGAGGCGGCGGCGGCGGCGCCAUCCACGGAAGCCCCCGCCUCGGCCGCCGGCGAUAACAGCCACAGCUCAGGCCCAGACGUAGAGGCAGGCGGCAUAGGGGAAAAUAAGAUAAAGCAAGGUCUCUUACCUAGUUUGGAGGAUUUGCUGUUCUAUACUAUUGCAGAAGGCCAGGAAAAAAUACCAGUUCAUAAGUUCAUCACGGCUCUAAAAUCUACAGGUUUACGUACAUCUGAUCCAAGACUGAAAGAAUGCAUGGAUAUGCUAAGAUUAACGCUUCAGACAACAUCAGAUGGUGUCAUGCUAGAUAAAGAUCUCUUUAAAAAAUGUGUUCAAAGCAAUAUUGUUUUACUUACUCAGGCUUUCAGGCGAAAGUUUGUCAUUCCGGAUUUUAUGUCAUUUGCCUCUCACAUUGAUGAGUUGUAUGAAAAUGCUAAAAAGCAAUCUGGAGGAAACGUUGCUGACUAUAUUCCACAACUGGCUAAGUUCAGUCCUGACUUGUGGGCAGUGUCUGUUUGCACAGUCGAUGGACAGAGGCAUUCUAUUGGAGAUACCAAAGUCCCAUUUUGUCUUCAAUCCUGUGUAAAGCCUUUGAAAUAUGCUAUUGCUGUUAAUGACCUUGGCACUGAAUAUGUACACAGAUACGUUGGUAAAGAACCUAGUGGACUAAGAUUCAAUAAAUUGUUCCUCAAUGAAGAUGACAAACCUCACAAUCCUAUGGUAAAUGCUGGAGCAAUUGUGAUCACUUCCUUAAUCAAGCAAGGAGCAAACAACGCUGAGAAAUUUGACUAUGUGAUGCAGUUCAUGAAUACUAUGGCUGGAAAUGAGUAUGUUGGGUUCAGUAAUGCAACGUUCCAGUCUGAGAGAGAGAGUGGAGACCGAAACUUUGCAAUAGGCUACUACCUGAAAGAGAAAAAAUGUUUUCCAGAAGGCACAGAUAUGGUUGGCAUAUUGGACUUCUACUUCCAGCUGUGCUCCAUAGAAGUGACUUGUGAAUCUGCUAGUGUAAUGGCAGCAACAUUGGCUAAUGGAGGUUUUUGCCCAAUCACUGGUGAGAGGGUACUGAGUCCUGAAGCAGUACGGAACACACUAAGUUUAAUGCAUUCCUGUGGCAUGUAUGACUUUUCAGGACAGUUUGCCUUCCACGUUGGUCUUCCUGCAAAAUCCGGAGUUGCUGGUGGCAUUCUCCUGGUUGUUCCAAAUGUUAUGGGCAUGAUGUGCUGGUCUCCACCUCUUGACAAGAUGGGCAAUAGCGUUAAGGGGAUACACUUCUGUCAUGAACUGGUUUCUUUGUGCAAUUUCCAUAAUUAUGAUAAUUUGAGGCACUUUGCAAAGAAGCUUGAUCCUCGCAGGGAAGGUGGUGAUCAGCGGCAUUCCUUUGGACCAUUGGACUAUGAGAGUCUUCAGCACGAACUUGCAUUAAAAGAGACUGUGUGGAAAAAAGUGUCACCCGAGUCAAAUGAGGACAUCUCCACUACUGUAGUGUAUAGAAUGGAAGGUCGGGGAGAGCAAAACUAAAGGAGCGGGCUCUAGUUUCAGAGAGUUUGUUUUCAUCUUUAAACACGUCCCAGUUUCUCUAGAUUGCACAGUUCCCAAAUUUUAGUUUUGUUCUUUUGUUUUCAAUGUUUUGUAAAUAUUGCUCAUGAUACCAAAAAUUAGUAUCUACUUUUAUACAAAUUGCUUUAAUUGGUUUUCCAGAAAGCAAAUGGAAACAAAACCUGAAAAUGUAUGUUGUCUAAACUUAUAGUAUUGUGCGUAAGGAAUUAAUUCAAAAGGAAUUUGUAGAGGUUGUGAAAAAAUAUAAAAAUGCUGCAACGCAGCAAAAUACAAAUAGCAUAACUAUAAAUAAGGAAAAAUGAGAAUAAAUGUAGGAAAUUUUUAAUUCUCAAAUCAUAUAUUUUUAUAACUGGGUAUUUCUUACUGUUAUCAAGACUGGGGUUUUAGCAGUUUAUUGCAUUAUUCAAAUUUGUUUUUUCCAUGAUCACUUUAGUAUCUUGAUCCUAAUCACUUGGUGGAAGCAAGUUCUGUUGCUUUUAGUACAAGCAGGUGUAUGUAAAGUUAGUCAUUCAACUUAUGCUACAUGGGCAAGGCUGAAAAUAAAUCAAGCUGACAGUAGUUUUGUAUAAACAAUUACAUACUAGUAUGUAGAAGCCUAGCUUAAAUUCACUUAAAAUAUUAAUAUACCACAGUGUAGAAAAGUUUGUUAGUAAGCCCAUGUAAACCUUCUAAAAUCAGUAUAUUAGAAAAGAGCUUGUAUUGAGCCUUCAGCUUCUGAAACAUUGGCUGUGACAAUUGUUUAGGCACUGAGAUUCAGAUAUAUAUUCUAGAUUCUACCAGAAACAUACCAUAAGAGUGAGAGGUGUGAAGUUAGGAACAUUGCAAAAAAAGAAAAGAAAAAGUAGCAGUGAUGGUGUA